CGCUCCAGGCAUCUCCUAACCACUCCAACAAUCGGAAGUCUCCUCCGCCUCUGCUAAUGUUUAGAGCGGCUGGCGUGCGCCUCGAUUAGCGCCUGUUUAAUGAGGGAUCCGGGGGAGGGCGACGCUCGUCAGCGGGCGCGCGGAGCCCGCGGCGGCGGCGGCGACGCGUGCGGACGCCCUCGCGCUGUUUCCUUUCACUGCGCUCACGGCGUCUUUGGCGCACUUGCGGCGGCCGACGGAGGAAAGUGAGGCGCCGCGCCGCCGCCGCAGUCGGCUCGCGGACAGCGACGGAUGCGGCGCGGAUGCGGCAGCGCGCAGCGCAUGGCAAUGUGCACGUGAGGUCGACACGAGUGGCUACGGACACGGGGACUGGAGUGCGGUACUGGGAGAGCGAGUUGGACAAACGAGGAGUGUGCUAACAGAGUGGACAUGUAGGGGAGAGGCAAGAGCUGAUACGAGUCGAAGAAACUCAUAAGUGCUGGACAGAAAUAAGUGAGACACUGGAGAUCACGAGGUGACAGCUAGUGAAGCGAAGGCAAGGAAAGGAUCUACAUAAAACAGAAUCUUACGGACUCAAGAUGUCGAACGUGACAAUAGUUCGCAUCAGCGGAGGGCCAGAAAGUCUGCCUGCCGGCGUGGGACCGACCCCUGCCCGCGCUCCCAGCCCCCGCUCGGAGUCGGGGGACGCCUCUCUGGUGACCUUCGCCAGCGGUCGGGUCACGCUAAAGGUCGACGGCAGCGGGUCACCGGAUCUGCCGCGGCGACCGCAGCGCACACGACGCCGCACUCAGCUGGUUCACCACCGCGACCGCCACCUGCGGCAAGAGGCCAAGGUAGUGCGGUAUCUGCCCUCUCCGAAAGCAGCGCCCCUGCCCCGGCGCAGCUCGUCGACCAGUGACGCCGCCACCUGCACCUCAACUUCCGAUAUCGAGGCCGACGCCGACGCCAGUCCGGCUCCCUCGUCGGCAGCGUCGAGCUAUAGCGAGCGGAGCGGUGUCGAGUCGGUGCCGCCUCCUCCGACCGGCCUCCACUACCGGCUGUCACUGGCAGAACAAUACCAGAAUCAGCUGUUCGCUGAGCCCAGCUACGUCAUCAGCGCACCGGCGGCAUUCGCCGGCGACUGGGCGACGAGCAGCGACGCACACGACUCUGGCCUGGAAGGGUCAGAAAGCGAGGCGACACCGCGCUCGAACAGAGAGAGCUGCGCUAAGGCAGCGGCCCGUGACCGCGCCCGGGAGCCGCAGCGGUCCGAUGACGUCACAGACGGCGGCUCGGAGCGGGUCGCCGUCUCGGAACAGAGCGAGUCGCGCGCGGAGCGGGCGGGCGAGAGGUGCGGCGCCAGUGACGGAGGAGACUCGGAGGCGUGCGCCGCCGCUGCAACUGAGGAGGAUUCCGGUGAAUCAUUUACGGUCAUCUCUGAAGAGUCGGGCUACUGCUACAUUCCCGCUAAAGAGCAGCGGGAGUGCAGCCAGGAGUUCCUCAUUGUAGUCAGCGAGCGCGUCUCGCCGGCUGACUUUGUUUCCUCUGAGGAAGAACAAGAGGAAGAGCCUGCUAUCCCAGAGAGUCCGACAGCGACUCGCAAAGUUUCAGCAGCUACCACAGUCGACAAACACUUCUACUUCGGAGAGGAAGUUGAGAGAGCCAGCAGCGAGGGAGGCAGCAGCCAGGGCGAUUGUCCGCCUCCCGAAGUGGAAGUGCCCUCCGCUCUGACGGUACACAACGUGCGCCGACUGGAAAAACUACAGGCUCGCUCGGCGCUGCCCGACUCGUUCCUCGCCUUCAAACAGGCUCUUCUCGAGAGCGGAGACAUGAGUGGACUCCGCAAGGCAGACCUGUACACCGUGCUGGGCGGCACGGUGCGGGGCUACCCGGCCAGUUGGGACGACCUCGGAUCAAAGUUUGAGGAGCCCGACAACCGCUCGGAGGAGCCUCCAGCUCCGGACACCGACUCACGCGCGGGCGUCUCGAUCGACGCAUGGACGGUGGACCGACGGGGACGGUACCGGGCAGCGGGGAAGCCCUCCGGCUCGCGCCGCGCCGCCGCCACUGCGCUGGCCGCGCUCGGCACCGACUCUGACGGCUGGUACCCGCUCUGUGUGCGCUGCGAGGACACGGUGUACCCGCAGGACGGCGUGCGGCCCACCGCCGACUCGGUCUACCACGUGGCGUGCCUGCGCUGCGCCAGCUGCGAGCGCGCACUGGACAGAGAGGAGGUGCACGCCGCCGGUCGGCUGCUCUUCUGCGGCCUCCACGCUCCGGCGGAGGCCGCUGUCUGCCAGCCGGGACACCGGGUCGGCUCCCGACACGGCAGCUGCGCAUCGUCAGUAGACGGACAGCAGGUGUCGACUAGAGCGGCGCAGUAGUUCCGGCCACCGCCGCCAGGGUGUCGCGGUGACCUGAAGCCGGCGGCCAACUGCAUGCUGCUCUGGCCGCGAGCUCUGACGAGAGUGCGUCCGGGGCGACAGGGGAGGUCACGUCUGUCUAUCAGGGAAGGGCUGGAGAGUGAGGGACAUGUGCCGCGCGACAGGUGAACAAACCACGAGAGACUGUCACAGUCACAUGUCCUUCGGACUGAAAGAUGGCGAGGCCAUGAUUGUCAGCGCUCGUGAUCCACCCUUUGUCAUAAAAUCGGUGAUGGGGCCCGAUUUUAAACAUCACAGCCCGCUGAGGCAAUCGGCACGGACGAUACGGACUACUCUGAAGCAAUCAUUACGGACGAUAUCACGGCCUGUGAGGCAAUCGGCGGUGUCCGGAACCGUUCCGGCCGGGUGGCUCGGCGGACACGGCUCCUGGGCGCGACGGUGUCGGUACGGCGGUGGUCUGGGCCACCGCGUCAGCGCCGUGGUGGUCCAGAGCCCACCAGGUUGGACGGAUCACUCACUGAGAGACUACACCGACUGAGAGAAACACCGAGCUAGCGGUGAGGGCGUGUGCUCUGUCGAAGUAUAUGGAAACGUGAGAUAUUAUAACUUCGUCAGGUUGCUGAGUGAAAAAUAGACGGUGCUAUUGAGGUCAAAAUGUAAACUGUUUUGAGGACCGAUGGAUCGUCACAACGAGUGUAUCAUCGAAAAGUGAUUAUGAAUGCUGAUAUAAUUGAUGUUGGACUGGACGACAUUUAUGAAGUUUCACAGAGAAAAUGGCAGAUGGCUAGAUCCUGAUCGUCUAUUUAGAGGCCCUGAUUGUACAGUAUUAGCAGUUGGGAUACGCAUGGUGUUACAGUACGAGUGCUUUCUAUUCCUUGGUAGCGUUAGUUCCUGAAACGGGGGAGAGCAAUGUGUACUUAUGAAAAUGUAGCGCUAUCCCGGCGGAUGAUUUGUUUGCAACUAUGUAUCAGCUUUCACCGUCUGAGAAGGGCCACUUGCAACUCAAACAUUUACAUAAUUCCGAACACCAAAAGUAGAAACACUGCAGCGUGGCACGUUACGGUACUACUGUUUAAUUUGGCGAAGUCUGGAAUACACUAUGUAAUUGCAUAAUGUGUACCAAGUGCACUUACUAACACACAGCGGCUCUUUGAGUGAUGUGUGCUACACGGCAACAGCUUAGAGGGAUAACAUGUGCUGCUGUACCUACCUAACUACCCAUAUGGUGUCAUGUUUUGUCACAAUACUGAGGACUGGACUGUUGUCUUUUUAUGAAGCUUCAGUUUUCAGUAAGUUGUCAACGGAAUGUGAGCGCUGAGCGAACUGAGGUGCCUUUAGCGAUGAAGUUUCCCAACACACCGUGUUUGUGUUACACUGAGAAUAUGGACAAGGUCUGAAUGCUCAAUUAAGUGUCGAUUAUCGGAAUUAUUUUUCAUGAGUCAAGAGAACGGUUGUCAAUGGGAGCAAUGAGCCUGACACUAGGAAUCAGAGGCCCUCACUGCAGCGUCACGUCAGCAGAGGAUAGGCUUGAGCACUGCAGUGGGCAUUUCCUUUCCUCUGUAUCUUUUAUUGCCAAUUGUUUUAUUUAGGUAAGGCUGUCGGUAAAAAGAAUACAACAAAUUAAAAUAGGCAUAAGAAAUAGUUUUAAUAUUACCAAACUAAAUAGCCUUCGCCCAUAUCUUACUUUCUAUGUGAUUUAAGCGAUUGAACGCAAACAAAACAUGUCGUUAUGCGCCAAACUCCAUAUAGAAGCGGACAUUGGGGUUCAGAUUGUUAUUAUGAGUAAAAUAUAAGUCAUUUUCUUCAUUAAACGGUUGUUUCUCUAUGCGGCGAUCAUUUAUGAAGCACGCCACACUUAGUUACCAACGAGCGAUAUCAUAAUAGCUCCAUUUUUGGCAGUAUACUGGCUGCGGCCGAGUGCGACGGUGGCGCCGACUAUCGGCUACUCGUGCAACUAGGCCUCGCGGUGGCUCCGGCGGCCAAACUUCAGAUGAAAACGUCCCUGUGUGGAGACUUAACGAUAAACUGAAAAAUGCGAUAUAAUGCAAUUAAAUUCAGUAAUAUGCGUUUACCCUGACGUAUUUUUUACCAAUAUUCGGGGAGAAUUGGCACCGGGAUUUGGCAGGAGAAGAUAAAAUGUUUAUGAACAUUCCAAAUUGUAUUAUACCUACAUUGCAUUGUCAAAAUAUGUCUCAAUAUAUGCGAGACGUCAUGCUGUUUGCCGUAGUAUAGCGAAAUUGUUUCAUGAAAGACUCAAUACAAAUAUAACGGGAGUGAUGUAUCUUAAUUUCAUUUGGUGGUGCAAAUAUUUUUUUCUUCCAUGUCCCGAUCCCGGGUCGAAUUUUUCUCUCCUAUGGAUAAAAAGUGCAGAGAUGUGUUGCUCAGUUAG